AUGGCUCAAACAAAGCUAAUCCUUUCCAGUCUUUCUCUCAUGCUGAUUUUAACCCAUAAAAUUCUGUUCAGUGAGGGAAGGCAGUUGCAGAUAGAUUAUAAAAAUGAAUUCCCUAACUUCCAAACUCACACAAAGAUCUCUGAGAAAGAGACCAUAACAAAAAUUGCUCAUGAACACAGUAUCAAGUUGCACGGUGACAGAACAAACAAAGCAGCAUAUGCAGCUGACGCUGUACCUGCAGCACCAAUGACACCACUGAUGGCACCAAUGCCAGCAAGUCCGGCAGUAGCCGGGUCUCCACCGCCGUCACCACCUCCACCAGGUCAUGUGGAUGACUUCCGACCUACGGCACCAGGUCACAGCCCCGGAGUUGGUCAUUCCCUUCAAAACUAG